AUGGAGCCUGAACAUUCCCAGGCCGCGGUGUCGAAGCCGUCAUUGAUCAUGGUGCGAUCCGCCUGGCUGGCAAUAUCUUCAUCGACACACGUUGAUGUACAAGAUUUUCGAGUCAUUGAUGUCCAGAAACGUUGCGUUGUACGGGCAAAUGCCAAGGUCGACUACGCGGCGCUCAGCUAUGUCUGGGGGAACGCGAAGCGCCUCACACUCUCCAAACACAAUGAAGCCUGGCUUUCUACACCCGGCGCACUGGCACAAGAUGAAGAAAACGUCCCGAAAACCUUCAGAGACGCCUUGAAAGUGGCUGCUGCCCUAGGAAUCGCGAACUUGUGGGUAGACGCAUUGUGCAUCGACCAAGGAAAUCCUGAACAAGUCACACAUCACAUGGACGCAAUGAACACCAUCUAUGGCAGUGCUAUUCUCACUAUCGUUUCGACUGCUGAAAAUGCCAACUCAGGUCUUCCUGGUAUCAGUUUUCCCCGUGGACCUCCCCAGGUGACCUUCCAAUAUAAUGGAGCUUGCUAUUUAAGUUCUAAACCAACAUUCGGGACGGCCCUGCAAGAUUCUCCUUGGGAGAAACGCGCGUGGUGUCUGCAAGAAAAGCUCUUCUCUGCUAGACUCCUGGUUUUCACAGAUAAUCAGGCUUUCUAUCAUUGUGGCGCAGCGACGUGGUUCGAGGAUACAAUCAUGGAAUUGAAGGAAAGCCUUCAUGGCGCUGUACAAAUGAGAGAGAAAACAAAGAACGAGAGAAAAAGCGAACUUGAGGACCGCCCAUCGUAUCCGGCCUACGAUACUCACCGUACAGCCUUCGAAGACAGGAAUUUCUGGUCGCUUGUACAAAGCUAUAGUCAGCGGGAGAUAUCCUACGAAGAGGAUGUGAUACGCGCCUUUGGAGGAAUUCUACGAUCGGUAGAAGCAGACCAUGGUCAUGCUAUAUGGGGAAUCCCUCAAUAUCAUUUUUUAAGAGGACUGUCAUGGUAUCAGGGCCAGCAUCAGAUGAGCCUACGUCGAGAGGGGUUUCCAAGCUGGAGCUGGGCAGGAUGGCGUACUCAUGGCAUUGACUUGUCCUUUGCGAAUUGCAAGAGGAAAAAUACCGAUAUUGGUGUCUCCUAUGGUCGAUAUCGUGUUGCUCGAGGCAAGCAAGCUGAACGCUCCGUGUGGGAUCUCUCCUGGUACUACCAUGCGACUGAUGAACCCGGUGGCCAAUUAAGAGCUGUACAGCUUGAACCCCAAAAUCGUAACGCGGAGCCUGAAAGUGCCCCUCUCCCGGAUGCAGCAACAGAACAGCCCAUGGAUCCAGGUAGUGUGUUUCUUUUUCCGAGAAAUCCUGAGUGGUUUCACGCAUCACGAAAGGACCCGGAAUCCCUGGAGAAAGCCAAUAUGAAGUACAAAUACUUGCACGAAUGGGACCUACUUGGCCACCCGGAAACUGUACAACCUACCCACGAACCAUUGCCACCCCUUGUGCCAGGGCCAGGAAUGCCUAAAUUAUCGCAUAUCCUCCGGUUCUACACCAGCGUUGCUACAGUGCUGGUCCAUCCUGGCCUGAUCAGGUCUGACUGGACUGGUAAAGGAGAACAUCCCCUCCUUAUCCCUGGCACUGACACUGAGCUCGCUAGGGUGGAGCUGGACCCGCUCUGGUCUGGCAUUGGUAAGACUCAUAGCCUUGUUUAUAUAUCGAGACACUGUCGCGAGUAUAUCACGUAUGAAGAGCAGGACAGUUCUGAUCCAGAGAAACUGCACCUCUUACUAGUUGAGAGUGUUCCGGGAUGGGGUGAAGUGAAGAGCAGGGUGCAGUUGGUGCAAGAAGUCAGUAUAUUGGACUGGAGGAAGGCGAACCCAAGGUGGGAACUGGUAAACCUGGGAUGA